GUACUCUUAUCCACUCUAUCCCAUAUAUGUGAGGACCAGCAUAGCAACCACUUUCCAGCACUAUUGCACUUUUUAUUCAAAGCCAUGGCUGAAGCUAUCUCGGGUUUCACCGUUUUCAAAUCACACAUUCUUAACUCAUGUCAACAAACAAGGAGGUUUCAAGUGAACCCGUCUUCAAGAUUGCCCAAGCAGCAUUCAAACUCUACCCUUUUCAACAAACAGUUGCACGUCUUAGAGGGCAAGAACAAAAGAGCAUCUUUGUGUAAAGUGAAUGGCUUCCCAGAUUGGCCACUGAUGGCAAUUAUAGUAGAGCAAAUGGAAGGGCAGAGAGAUCUUAUAACUCACAAAUCAAUAAUUCAUCUAAGUGAUCAGGAAAUAAAAAAUGUUUAUGCUUGGUACAUUAUGUUCACUGUUUGGGGAUGCUUGUUCUUUGGUUCCAUGAAGGACCCAUAUUACGACUCAGAAACAUACAGGGGAGAUGGAGGAGAUGGCACUGGCAAUUGGAUCUAUGAGAAGCAAGAGAUUAUGGAAGCAGAAGCCAGAGAAGCUCUGUGGCGUGAGGAACUGAUUGAGGAGAUAGAACAAAAGGCUGAAGGGUUGAGAGAACUUGAAGAAGCAGGAAAGAAGGAGGAACUUGUCAAGUGAUUUUCUGCAUCAUGCAUGCCCAUGCUUCCAUCCAUUAACAAAGUGAUCCUCCGUGUUGUGUAUAUAAAAAGUAAGAGUAAAUUCUCAUGCUCCAAAUGCACUCUUAAACCAAGGAUAUGUUACUUUGAAUACCGGGUCACUGUAUAAAUAAUACAAGGGUAGGAUGUAUUUUAAGCAUAUUAUUAUUUAAACAUUUCAUUCAAG